AUGGCGGUGGUCCACAGCGCCGAGUCCUCCGACGCCGCCGAGACGGACGUCGAGAGCGACGCUGUCGACACGGAGGCCGAGGAGACGGACGUGGAGGACGACUACGUUGCAGUCGGCAGGGGGAGUAGCGACGAAGAGUCUGGCCGUGGCGGCAUCAGCGAGGACGAGCUGGCAGAGGCCACCGAGCAGGAUUUGCUCGCCGUGCCGUUCCGCAACCUCGACACUGGAGAGAUCAUCUCGCUGACGGAUGCGAUGAAGCUCAGCUGUUCGUCGCUCUCCUCCUCCUCCUCCUCCACCCGGGCGCCGACACCCGCACCGGCGGCCGCUGCCGCCGCUGGCGCCGCCGCCGCCGUGAGCGCCGCCGCGGUGGGCGCCUCGCCCCGCUCCUCAUCCUCCCGCUGCUCCGUUGCCGACGAGGCUGCCGCCGUGGUCGGCUACCUGUGGAAGCGCGGCACCACGCUCUCCGCCCUCGUGCGGCGCUGGUACGUCCUCUCUCCGACCGGCCUCUGCUACUACCCGUCGGCGCAGGACUCUGUGCGCGCGCCGCACUCGUUCCGCGUCGUGCCUCUCGCCGGAGCGCGCGUGCGCCUCGCCGGCGGCGGCGAGGAGGGCGGCCUUGGCCUCGGAGGCCGCAGCCCCAAGGACAGCAUCAAGGGCGGCGGCGGCACCAAGCGGGGCGGCAGUCCCGCCCACGGCCUGGUGCUCGAGCUCGGGCAGGGCAAGGCGCGCGAGCUGUACGCGGAGCACCCGGAGGAGCAGAGGCUGUGGCACGACGCGUUGGCUGCCUGGCUCGCGCGCGGCGGAGGCGGAGGCGGCGACGGCGGCGGCGGCCGCGGCGGUGGGGUGCUGAGCGGCGCUCUCGGGCUUGUGGGGCUCGGUCGGCGGGGCGGCGGCGGCGGCGGCGGGGGAGGCGGAGGCGGAGGCGGCGGCGGCGGCGAGGCGGCCGCCACCGACGGGCACGGGUUUGCUCUCUCGCCCGCCGAGGCGGAUUGGGCGAUGUGCAUGAUCGAGGCGCCGGCUGGGAGCUGGUCCGCGUGGGCGCACGUCGUCGCCGCGGCGGAGCGCGUGCAGACGCAGCAUUGGCGCGCGCAUUUGGCCGAGCACGGGCUGCCGCAGCCGCCUGCGCCGCGCGCCGACGGCCGAGUCAAGACGGUGGGGCGGAAGCGUGUGUGGCGGGAGCGGCUCGCGGGCGGUAAGGGCGCCGCCGCCGCACGCGCGUGCAAGCAGUUGGUGCGGGGGGGCGUGCCGCCGAGCCUGCGGGCCGAGGUGUGGCUGUCGAUGUCGGGCGCGCAGCAGCUGCGCGAGGAGCGGCCGCCUAGAUGCGGAGCGCCGGAGCAUCCGGUCGCGUUUGCGGCGCUACUCAGCCGCGUCGCCGCCGGAGAGUGCGCCGAGAUGGACGAGAUCGAGAAGGACCUGCACCGCACCUUUCCCGGGCACGCCGCCUUUGGCGCGGGCGGCGCCGGGCGCGAGAAGCUGCGGCAGGUGCUCGCGACGUACUCGCUGCGCAACCCCGCGGUCGGCUACUGCCAGGCGCUCAACUACGUGGCGGCGAUGCUGCUCGUGGCGAUGCGGCUGGAGGAGGAGGAUGCCUUCUGGCUGCUCGCCGUCUACUGCGAGCGCCUCUUCCCCGACUUUUACCUGCGCGACAUGACGGGCAUCCGGAUCGAGCAAUCGCUCUUCGCGGGCUUCGUCAAGGAGAUCUCGCCGCAGGUGCACACCCACUUCGAGUCGCUCGGGGUGCCGCUCGAGCUGGUGACGACCAGCUGGUUCCUCUGCCUCUUUGUCAACGUGCUCCCGGCCGUCUCGGUCCUGCGCCUGUGGGACGUCGUCCUCUGGGAGGGCCCUCAGGUGCUGAUGCGCGCCGGCGCCGCGCUGCUGCACUGCUACCGCGACGCCGUGCUCGCUGCGCGCGACUUCAACGGCACCUCCCUCGUCCUGCAGACGAUUGGCCGCGACUUGUGGCACGCCGACCGGCUCGUCGCCACCAUGUACACAAAGUCGGCCGUCACCGGACGGCCGCAGCACAGGCACGCCCUCCGCCGGGCGAGGGAGGAGCGGCGCGAGCAGUACAGGCGGCACGAGGCGGAGCAGGUCGCUUCGCUCGCGGACGAGACGGCUUUCGACACGGCCGAGCUCGAGCUCCUCCGCUCCGCCCUCCGCUCUUCGGUGCGCGCGGAGCUCGCCACGACGGCCCGAGCCGCGUGCGACGUCGCCGACGCCACCGUCACCGAGGCGCACGUGCGGUCGCUCUUCGCGUCGUGCGGAACGGUCCUCUUCCCGCCGCCGCGCCUCGGCCGCGAGUCGAUCGGCAGGGUGCGGCAGCGGCUCGACCCGUCUGCCGUCUACGCCGUCGUGCGCGCGGCCUGCUGCGCGCGGCGGGACGGGCUGCCGGACGACGCGCUCACCCUCAGCCGGCUGCUGCACGGCCUCUCGGCCCUCUGCCGGCCGCAGUCCGAGGAGGAGGCGCCGCGGUACGUGCUAGCCGCCUUCGACGCCGAUGCGGACGGCGCGCUCGACGAGGGGGAGCUCGCGGCGCUGCUCGCCGAGGCAUAUGCCGGCUGCGCCACCCGCGGCAUCGACACGCGCAUGCCGGCCGAGCUGAGCGCGUACUGCCGCGCCCUCGCCGCCGCGCUCGCGCCCCCGCCCGACGGCGCGGCGCGGGAGCCUGCUGCGGCGGCACCCCCGGCCCCGCCGGUCGGUCCCCGCGGCGUGCGCACGCUCCUCGCCGCCGAGCCGUCUUUGCGCGCGUGGCUGCCCGUGUCGGUGAUUGCGGCCGCCGCGGCCGGAGACUCGCCCGAGCGGGGGUCCGAGGCGGGCGGCGAUCCCGAGGUGGAGCGCGUGGAGGCCGUCGUCGCGGAGUGGCUUGCGUAG